GACAUAGUUCGGUGCACUAUAGAUAAGGUAAUGCCCCAUGCGAUAUGGACAGAGCAAAGUAUAAAGGGAAAUGUAAUACAGAUAUUAACAUGCAUACGGACAUUGCCGUCUCACUCUAUUUUUGGUUGCCAUUAUACGAAAACUGGCGAUAAUGCAAAUUAAUAUACCUGAAAUCCACUGGAGCGGAUCGUUUAUUUAAUUAUACUCGUAAUUGUACUAGCCAGUAAUCGACCGCAGUAUUGUGAUCAAUUCUAAUAGUCAUUGCAAGUGUUAUGUAUACAUCAUAUGCAAUUCACAUGGUGUUUAGUUAUACGUACGUACCCAAAUCUAGCAUCUAUUUAUUUAGUAUAACAAUAUAACUACGUAAGUUUUCGUAUUCGAGCGAUGCGUCUUGACACUUCCGUAGCGUGGUCACUGUGGCUGCUGUAUACGUUCGUAUGCAACUAUUCGGCAGCAUCAGAAAAAGGUGACGGAGCACUGCUGCUAACUCCUCUUAUACGAAAUGGUCAAAUCGACGAAGCUCGAGCAGCGUGCAACGUCACGUCCCUGGAGCCGACUAUCGAGAGCUACUCCGGUUACCUAACCGUAGACGAAGCGCACGGUUCCAAUAUGUUCUUCUGGUUCUUCCCAGCCGCGAACGGUAAUUCGGAUGCGCCCGUCCUGCUGUGGCUACAAGGCGGCCCAGGAGCAUCCAGCAUGCUCGGUGUAUUUAAUUUGAACGGUCCAUUUUCGGUGCGGUGCAAGUGUGAUGGCGGCAAACUCAAGUUGCGUGACCAUGCGUGGACGACUACGCAUUCGGUGCUAUACGUGGACAACCCGGUGGGCACAGGCUUUAGCUACACCGCCGACGAUUCUGGUUACAGUACCGACCAGACAGCUGUCGCUCGGAACUUGUACGCCGUUUUGGUACAAUUCUUCGAACUGUUCCCCGAGUACCGAAAGAACGACUUCUACGUGACCGGCGAGUCAUUUGCCGGUCAUUAUGUGCCAGCUAUAUCGUACACAAUCCAUCAGAACAACCCUGGGGCUAAGGUCAAGAUCAACCUUAAAGGGCUGGCAAUCGGAAAUGGCCUGGUUGACCCUAUCAACCAGCUGUUCUUUGGCGAGUACUUGUACCAACAUGGAUUGGUUGACGAAAAUGGAAAGCAAAAAUUCGAACAAUUUGAGAAUGCUGUUCACGCUCAGAUCCUCGCCGGUGACUACAAGGGUGCAUUCCGCAUAUUCGACGAGAUGUUGAACGGCAUAUUCUAUCAGUACCCGACGCUGUUUCAGAACCUGACCGGUAUGCAUUACUACUACAACAUGCUGCUGGACCAGAAACCACCUUCGUCCAAUGAUUGGAUGAAGUUCGUUCAAAAACCGUCCGUGAAGGCCGCGUUGCAUGUGGGCUCACGGCCGCUGAAUAACUUUACAGUGGUCCAUCGGCACUUGCUUGGUAACGUACUGCAAUCAGUGGCCCCAUGGUUGGGUAGCCUGUUGGAUGCUGGCCGGUACCGGGUUUUGUUAUACAGUGGACAGCUUGACAUCAAGUUACAUCACCGGGGCACCAUGCAUAUGGCUCAGUUGCUUGAAUGGUCAGGCGCAGAACGAUUUAGAAAUAACGCGAAGCGUACCAUUUGGCGCGUUCACGAACAGAAAAAUGGAUGUGACGGCGGUAACAAGACCACCGUGGCCGGUUACGCGACAACGUCCGGUCCACUGACCGUGCUUUUAGUGAGGGAUGCUGGCCACAUGGUGCCAGCCGAUCAGCCGGUCUGGGCCCUCGACCUCAUCGACCGGUUCACUGGCGGCAAAACGUUUUGACCUACAGGAACCGCGAUUCGUCGACGAUAAUAUUAUACUAAAGACGAGUUUUUAUUAUGUACAAUGUACCAGAUAUAAUAAACCAUAACUCAUAUACGAGAUAUUGUGAAUUCAAAUUUAACCUAUGAUAGAGAUCGUUAUAGCCGACAGUAGUAUAAACAUAGGCUAAGUAGAAAAAUAUUAAAUAUUAACUAUGCGAUCAUUUCGAAAAAUAAAUAAUCGUACAAGGUAUACAUUAUAACUUAUAUAUAUUUAUAUACAUUAUAACACAUCUAUAUAUGUUAUAUAAUAUAGAUAUAUAUUAUGACUAUAUUAUAAUGUCCAACGCUUGGUUAAUGCCAAGUUUAACCUAACAGCCUUUGGCUAAUAAAAAAAUGUUGGACUAAUAAUUUCACUCAGAAUUUAAAUAUAUGUAUAUUAUAUGUA